UCUUAAUAUCACUAAAUAAACCCACAAAUAAACCAUAUACCACCUAUAUACCCCUACCACCACCACCACCACCUCUACACUAAUGACCACUGUGGAAUUUGAGUGGUGCAAGAGGCAAAGGUAGCUUUUGGCGCGUGAGGGGUGAAAGGCGGCCGCUUCACACCAUUUCCACAUUCCUCUACCGGACGUCCUGCUGAGUGAGCAGCACCAUGUCGUCCACCUCCCAGAAGCACCGUAACUUUGUGGCCGAGCCCAUGGGGGAGAAGGAGGUGACAGAGCUGGCCGGCAUCGGACCUGUGCUGGGCGAUCGACUCUCCAGCAAAGGCUUUGACAAGGCCCAUGUUGUGCUGGGACAGUUCCUGGUGCUGAAGAAGAACAAGGAACUCUUCAUUGAUUGGCUCAAGGACACAGCCAACGCCAACUCCAAGCAGGCUGGAGACUGUCACCAGUGCCUGGCCGACUGGUGCGAAGAGUUCUUAUAAACCCAGGCCUCUCCACUCACUCCCUUCCAUCCUCCUCCUCUCCCACUUCCUUUCCCUUUCCCUUCCUUCCCAUCCCUUUUCCUACAUCUUGGCCCACCUCAGGCUUCACCAAUUAUAGAACUGUCUAGAAGAAUGGUGUUUAUUACUAACUUUUAAGAAUUCAGGACUUUCAUGCAUGCUUUGACAUUUAUUAUGUUGUAUGACAUUGUUUGCAUUUGACUUUACCAUGCAUAACAUCAGCAGUGUAGGAAAACUGUUCUUUCUUAAGUUUACAAGUCAGAAUAUAAUUACUUACAAGUCAAGAUCAUCUUUUAUCAUUGUCAGUGUUCUUGUUAUUUUGCUUUGUGGAGGAUUCCGUCAAACUUUGCAUUCUUUGAACACUGUGACUGUUGCAUCACCUGGAAGCCAGUAUGUAGUGAGCUUUAAUUCACUUAACAAUUGUGUUCCAAUGCUGUUGCUCAUUGAGUGUUUUGCUUUGUAAUAAAAUUGUUAUUUUAAA